AUCGGGAACAACGAAAAUACCGAUUCUCGAGUUUCGACAGAGAGUAUGCAACGAUAAUAUAUCUCUUUUAAUUAAACAACGCGAAGCAUUUAUAUGUGAAAAUGUUCUGUGAUUAAAGGAAAGACGCUUAGCUUUUGAUAAAAAAAAAAAAAGGACAACACACUUCAACGAGAAAAGCCAUCCUAAGUUACGUGUCCCUUAUAUUGUGCUCUCGAUAUUACGGAUUACAAUGUUCUUUACUAUGCGGAAAUGUAAUUUAGAAGAAAUCUUCUGUGGCACGAUGUUACUCUUGUGUAUCUUGUUGCUCAGCUUUAGUCGAGCGAAUCUUCUUCGAGAAUACUCCUCGCAACCAUUUCAAAACCCGAGGCAAGCGUAUUCGUGCACUCCUGUCGAUUCAACAUCGUUGGAUGCAUUCGGACCGACUAUCGCGUGCGCGUUGAAAUUCGCAUCGGUGAAAAGUGAUGAUGCGUCUGGACCGGGAAGUCAUCACUUAGAAUCACCUACAUACGUCAAAGUAUCGGCGCCUCUGCUAUAUAAGCCUUUGCCAAGGACUUCUUCCCUGGUAUAUAUCGCGCCGCCCAUCGUCAAAUCUGCAUCAGCUAUCGUAGCUACUGAACCGAAAUCGCUGGAGAAGGACGUCCAGAAUAUGGCGUAUCCUAAAUAUUCCUUUAAUUACGGCGUAAUCGACGGAUACACCGGCGACUCCAAGUCAGCGUGGGAAGAACGAGACGGAGAUACAGUUAAAGGGGAAUAUUCGGUCGUCGAGGAAGACGGAACCAUUCGUACCGUUUCUUACACAGCAGAUGAUCGUAAUGGCUUUAACGCGGUUGUAACUAGAAGCGAGCCGCCAAAGAAUGCAAAAUCUGCAGCCGAAAUAAAAACAUUUAUACCCGGCGCUCUAUUUACAAACGACAGGCAUAAAAUUUGAUACACUUUAGCUUCACUUCACUAUUUUUUCUUUCCAUGCAAAAUGUUGUGUAUUUUUUUUUACAGCGGAGCAUUACGUAUUUGAUAGCUUCUUAUAAUAUGUAGAAUAUAAUAUGUGUUCUUUUUUAUACUCUAAGGUGAUUCUUUUAUAUGCAACAUACAUAUAUUUAAUUUAUAUAUUAUAUAGGGUGUUUCUAAAACUAUGUCGGAGAUUUUAAUGGCGUAUUCUAGGGGUUAAAAUAAGAGAAAGUUCAUAUAAACAUGGG